UUUCCGUUCUUGCAUGUCGUCGGUUAUCUAGCUUCGCCAGUGCAGUUUGCGAAUAACUUUUGCUGCUUGCGCGCAAGAAUGGGUGAAGACAUGGCUACUCACAUAAGUGUGGUGGCGCUCAACUUCUGCGAAGACGUGCGCACCAUCGACCGUUGCGGCCCUUCUCUGGAGCGCAGCGUCAAGUCGCGCCUGGUGCUGAACGGCCGCGAUCCGCCGCAGUUUCGCACCAGCGUCGAGCUCCGGCCCCGGCACGUGGAGGCCGAGUACGGCGUCACGCUCGUGCUCGACACGACAACCAUGGAGCCGACGGCGUACCGCGAGCACGUGCUCGUCCUGCCGCGCACCGUGGCCGUGAGCCAGGGCGAGUCGGUGUUCUGCUUCCCGCCGCUGCCCUCGCGCACCGUCUACAAGAGCACGCUGGUGUACGACACCCGCCGUGCCGACCUGUGGUACACGAGCGCCGUCGACCUCGCCGUGGUCGGUACACUGGGCGUGCCCGUGGACGACGACGAAGAGGAGGAGGGCGAAGUCGUGGACGACGCCGCUGCUACUUCGGCGGGCGACGAGUGCUUCGACACCCUCAACGGUGCAUGCGUCGACACCGACGAUGAUGAUGAUUCCUCUUCGAGGCUGUGAUCUACCGGCAGAGCGUCCAUAACUGCCAUCUUCGAUAAAUCGCACCGGGGCGCACCGGGGCGCCCAGGGGCUACGAAACAGCGCACGGGUGCGAUUUGAAGAUGCCAUUAGUUAACCCGACGGACGUUAGUAGAAGAGGAGAAACGAUAUGAUAGGCAAAGAGGGGCUUCAAGGGCAAAGAGGAAUUGGAUAGGGCUGGAUUGUCGGCGGUGUAACGAUUGGCGCCGAUUUUCCGGGCCCUCGGGCUUCAUCCAAUCAGGGCGCGCUGAAUUGGACACGCCUCUUAAUGGGUUCUUACAGGAUACUGCACCUGGCUUACAGUUCGAUUGGUUACCUGCACUAGGAAAUGGGUCGAGGACAAAAAACAUGAAGAAAGAACAGAAAAUCUGUGCACAGUGUAUAGCAUUUCAACCCGAAGUGCUUUAAAACUGCUUUAAAAGCAGUUCGGGUUGAUGACAUCUAGGUCCAGAGUACCAGAGCUCUGGUUUCCGUAAGGGACGGUUGUCACUUCUCUUGUUGGCGUGGUGCUGAGGACUUCGUGCACUGGAGUUACCGCAGACAUUCGUAGAAUGGUAUGAAGGGGUGUAUUUGCUGCGAAUAGUGUGCAACGGAACAGCGUGCCCACUUGGGGUACAGAUCUACAGUCGCAUGUUUGAACAAACUUGCCCAGAAACAAUCACUUUAGCGUGAGCUUUCGUGAAACAUUCCAUAUGUCUUGCUUUCUUGCGAAUACAUAUUCCGUGGCUUGACAGCGCUUGAAUGCACACAACGCAUUUGUUCACAGAGUGGUUUGUUAUACAAAUGACCGCAGAUAAGUAUAUUUUUGUUUUAUUUCGUAUAUUUGCACUGCUCGGCAGGGUAUACACUCCACAAAAGACGUUAUACGGGGUUUUGUUGGGCAUUGCAUAUGUUUUGAAAACUACGCACCUUUAUGAUCGCGCUAACAUUACAUGCUUGGAACAUUCCACAAAACGCUUGUGUGAUGAAGGCGUACUUGUUACGCGUCCAGUAACCUGCCUGCACGACCACGUUUCCUGAUUCUGGAAAUAUUAUAUUUGUGUAACGCAUUUUUUCCUGAUGCCUAUGAAGAUUUACUUGCAGAGUCAUGUUUAAGUGUUGUUGCUUCUUUGUUACUGUUCUGAGGCUUUUUCAUGCAUGUGCUGCAAUAGAGAGUAUUGGCCCCGUCUCGAGGCUUUGUUGGGCAUGGCAAUGAUCAUAAGUACAAAUAAAUGCGCUUUUAGCUUUUUU